GUUGAAACAGUUCAGUUCAUUGUCAUGACUUGCCAAUUUGUUUUCCAUUUGAGCGAUAUUACAAUCAACAAUCAAAAAAAUUUGAACAUCAAAAACGAUGGCUUUUGAACCGAAAAUAGCUUCUGAUCUUUCGGCCAUUCCGAAUGGCAAAACUCAUCUUGAAGAUAUGGUCAUUAAUGGUAUGUUCGAAGAACCAGUAUCUACUGGCACAACAAUUAUGGCCCUAGAAUUCGAUGGCGGUGUUGUAGUUGGAGCUGAUUCGCGAACAACAUCUGGUUCUUUUAUCGCAAAUCGUGUUACGGAUAAAUUGACAAAAAUUACCGAUCAGAUUUAUGUAUGUCGAUCAGGAAGUGCGGCUGAUACACAAGCAAUAGCCGAUGUUGUUGCCUAUCAUUUGGAUUUUUAUCAAAUGGAAACAGGUGAACCGGCAUUAGUUCCGAUUGCCGCUAAUCUAUUUCGAGAUAUGUGCUACAAUUAUCGUGAUUCUAUAACUGCUGGAAUUAUUUGUGCUGGAUGGGAUCGUCGGUAUGGUCCACAAGUUUAUACAAUACCGUUGGGCGGCAUGGUCGUGCGACAACCUGUAUCGAUUGGUGGAUCUGGUUCAACUUAUAUCUAUGGUUAUGUUGAUUCACAAUAUCGACCAGGAAUGAAUAAGGAAGAAUGUUGUCAACUCGUAACAAAUGCUUUAUCAUUGGCUAUGGCACGUGAUGGAUCAAGUGGUGGUGUAGCAAGAUUGGCUAUCAUUACUGAACAAGGUGUUGAACGUCGUGUUACAUUAUCUGGUGAUUUACCUAAAUUUCAUGAAGGAUAAUUAUGAAAUGAAUAUUUCCCAUAUAUUUCAAUUUCUAAAUAAACUUUUUUUAAUUCAUUGA